AUGUCGUCCUCCGCCUUCAGGUCAUUCGGGGCGCGGGCAGUGCCCCUCACCACCGCGGCGGUGGUAACGUUGGCCGCGUACACGCUCCAUGCGCAGUCGGGGACACGAUGGGCCGCCAAGCUCGACGACACGCCGUUCGAGCUCGUCGCCAACCAGCCGCUCAAGGUCCCGCGGAUCAACUUUGCCGGCGUGCCCUCGACCAUCACGCCGCUCGUGUGGGGCAACAACGAGUUCCAGACCCUCCUGCCCGACUUUAACAAGCGUGUCGUCAAGGCGCCCACGUUCGCGACACACCUCGGCGCCACGCCCCUCCGCGACCUCAUGAUCCAGGAGAAGUAUGGCGCCGCGAUCGACGCACGCGGCGACCUGUGGAUGUGGGGCGCGGGCCACGACCCCUCGGGCAAUGUGAACCGCUCGUUGCGGGGCAAGAAACUCACCACCAUCGCCGCGGCCCCGGGCAAGGUGUUCGUGCUCAGCAAGGACGGCCGCCUGUUCGUCGUGUCCGCCGACCGCGCGUUCCAGGACCAGGGCAAGGCCCCCCGGAACUGGUGGAAGAAGCUCACGACCCGCGACCCUCUCGUCGACUUUGUCAAGCUCAAGGCCGCCGACGGCUUCCACUGGGGCGAGUCGUGGCAACAGAUUGCAGUAGGCCGGCACCACCUGAUAGCCGUCACGAACAAGGGGCGGACGUUCUCGCUGCCGCUGUCCAACGCGGCUAACUCGCACCGACAGCUGGGCACCAAGCAGGUGUUUGCGGUUGUGCCAGAGGACGCUGUUGAGGCGAUCGCCCAGUCGCCCAACCUGCCGCCAGAGUCGGACCCGCGCUUCGCCACAAAGCUGACCGAGAUCCCUGCGCUCUCGGGCAUCCGCAUCGCGCAGGUCGCGGCGUCGGACCGUUCGUCGUUUGUCCGCACGCCCGAGGGUCGCGUCCUCGGGUUCGGCGCGAACGACUUUGGCCAGAUCGGCCUCGGAACAUACUCGACCGUCGCCAUCGUGCCCACCCCCGUUGAGAUCCAGCUGUCCAAGGCGUACCCCUCUGGCACGACGGUCAAGUGCACAGGUGUCGCGGCCGGCGCGCAGUCGACACUGUUCACCGUCGAGCGGGUAGACUCCAAGACGGGAGCCACGCUCGUCGACAUCCUGUCGUGCGGUAACGGCCAGAGCGGCACGCUCGGUAACGGUCUCUGGUCGUCGGCCAUGUUCGCCCCGCAAAAGGUCAAGAGCCUGAGCGGGCUGCAGGAGUACUCUGAGAAGACAAAGUCGAUCACCGCGCUGGGCGUGUACAGCCUGUCAAUCGCGCCCUCGCCCAACACGCACGCGUUUGGCGCCAUCGACUCGGUGCAGAACGCGGACGCCAAGGGCGUCAAGGCGGGCCUGUUUGGCCGCGACGUGAUGGAGUGGGGAGGAAAUGCCGACUACCAGCUCGGCAACGGCAAGCGCUCGUCGCUGGCCGUGCCGGCAUACCUCGAGUCCCCACUCCCCCGCGCGGCCGACAAGGUCGAGGAGAAGCCCGACGGAGAGGUCGUCUCCCGCCUGUCCUUGCACCAGAACACGGCCGACGCGUACGACCUGUCGGGCAACCUCAUCAAACGCGGCGUGCGCGCCGAGGAGACAAUCGUCGCGGGCUACAGCUGCUCGGUUCUGUACAACAAGAUUGUGUCGUAG